AGAAGAAGAGAGAGAAUCUUCUUCUUCCCAUUUCCCCCACUUUUUUACUUCAAAACCGCGCAGUGCAGUUUAAUUUGCUGCAGCUAUUAACAAAGGUUGUUGCAUUUUGAAGAAGAAGGAGAAGAAGAAGAAGAAGAAGAUGGAUAGAAACAGAGCGAAAGGCAUUACUUUCACGAAGGAACCGUACAUCGAAGAUGCAGGGCCACGCAUUGUGAAGAGCAUGAAGUUCAGUUCCUUAUCUGACUCUGAGAUUGGAAAACUCGCUGAAGUUCAAGUCUUCAAAGGCUCUUACUAUGAUCACUUCAAAAAACCCAUUCCUGGUGGCUUGUUGGAUCCUCGCAUGGGUCCUGCUAAUAAGGAGCUUAUUUGCGCGACAUGCGGUGGUGACUUUGCUCAUUGUCCGGGCCACUUCGGAUACUUAACUCUUGCCCUUCCCAUCUUCAAUAUUGGAUUCUUGGGUACCAUUGUGGAAAUAUUGAAGUCCAUUUGCAAGUGCUGUGCUCGAAUUCUUCUCAACGAAGAUAUACGUAAAGAUCGUUUGAAAAAAAUGAGAAGACCCAGAAUUGAUGCACUGGCGAAGGCUGAAUUAGCGAAAAAGGUUGUAGAGGCAUGCAGCAAAGUAUCAAUGUGCUCGAGAUGUGGAUAUAAGAAUGGUUCGGUAAAGAAGCUUGUGGGUUCGCUAAAAAUCACUCAUGAUCGCUCAAAAUGUAAUGAUAGUAGCAUUGAAGAAUUUCAAACAGCACUUUCACAUGCAAGAGAAUCUAGAUUGACCAGCGCUGUGGAUACUCAUAUUCUAAACCCAUUCCAAGCUUUAUCCCUGUUUAAAAGGAUGCUGGAUGAGGACUGUGAAUUACUUUAUCUUGCUGAAAGACCGGAGAAACUCAUCAUUACAAACAUUGCAGUGCCCCCAUUGGCUAUGCGACCUUCAGUUAUAAUGGAUGGAUCACAGAGCAAUGAAAAUGAUGUAACAGAGAGGCUAAAGCAAAUAGUCCAAGCUAAUGCUCAUGUGCGCCAAGAAUUAGAAGAAAUUGCUUCAUUAAGAUCUCUGGAUGGUUGGGAAACGCUUCAAUUUGAGGCUGCUCAAUUCAUAAAUAGUGAGGUUCGUGGUAUACCAUACCACCAGCAACGGGAAAAGACAAUGGCGGGUUUAGUUCAACGCCUUAAAGGGAAGCAGGGACGUUUUCGUGGCAACUUAUCUGGGAAACGUGUUGAAUUUACUGGCAGGACAGUUAUUUCACCGGAUCCUAAUUUAAAGAUUACUGAGGUUGCAAUACCCAUGCUUAUGGCUCGUAUAUUGAGUUAUCCUGAACGUGUUUCACAUCACAACAUUGAAAAGCUGAGACAGUGUAUAAGAAAUGGUCCUGAUAAGUAUCCUGGUGCAAGACAGUAUAGAGAUGCCUCGGGUUCCACAUGGACCUUAAGAGUUCCUCACAGGAAGCGCUUUGCAGACCAGCUGAAAUUUGGUGAUAUAGUUGAUCGUCAUUUGGAAGAUGGCGACAUUAUUCUUUUUAAUAGGCAGCCAAGCUUGCAUCGGAUGUCUAUAAUGUGUCAUAGGGCGAGGAUCAUGCCUUGGAGAACUUUGAGAUUCAAUGAAUCUGUUUGCAACCCAUAUAAUGCUGAUUUUGAUGGUGAUGAGAUGAACUUACAUGUGCCACAGACUGAGGAAGCACGGACAGAGGCUAUUUUGUUGAUGGGGGUGCAAAAUAAUCUGUGCACACCAAAAAAUGGCGAAAUUUUGGUUGCCUCUACUCAAGACUUCUUAACCUCUUCCUAUCUCAUAACUAGAAAAGAUACAUUUUAUGAUCGUUCAACCUUUUCACUUAUUUGCUCAUACAUGGGGGAUGGCAUGGAUCUUGUUGAUCUGCCAACUCCCGCAAUUAUUAAGCCAGUUGAGCUUUGGAGUGGUAAACAGUUAUUUAGCAUUCUAUUGCGCCCAAAUGCAAAUGUGAGGGUCUAUGUGAAUCUUACUGUUAAGGAGAAAAUAUACAGUACAAAGCUUGAUGACAAGAAACGAGAAAUGAAAACGAUGUGCCCAAGUGAUGGGUUUGUCUAUUUUCGCAAUAGUGAGUUGAUAUCAGGACAACUUGGAAAGGUGACUUUAGGGAAUGGAAAUAAGGAUGGUCUUUUCUCUGUGCUACUAAGAGACUAUAAACCACAUGCUGCUGCUGCUUGCAUGAAUCGUGUAGCUAAAUUGAGUGCUCGAUGGAUCGGAAAUCAUGGGUUCUCAAUUGGCAUUGAUGAUGUCCAACCAAAAGAGGUUUUGAUAGAACAGAAAGAUAAAACAAUAUCUGAUAAUUAUAAAAAAUGUGAUGAUUUUAUAGCAGCUUUCAAUAAAGGAAAGCUAGAACUCAAAGCCGGUUGUGAUGCUGCUCAGACAUUAGAAACUCUGAUAACUGGUGUCUUGAAUGGUAUACGAGAUACAGCAGGAAAGGUUUGCAUGCAAACCCUACACUGGAGAAAUAGCCCACUGAUCAUGUCGCAGUGUGGCUCCAAAGGAUCUCCAAUUAAUAUCAGUCAGAUGGUUGCUUGUGUGGGUCAACAAUCAGUUGGAGGUCGUCGUGCUCCUAAUGGUUUCGUGGACCGUAGUCUUCCUCAUUUCCCUAGAAAAGCAAAAACCCCAGCCGCUAAAGGUUUUGUUGCCGAAUCUUUUUACAGUGGAUUGUCUGCUACUGAGUUUUUCUUCCACACAAUGGGAGGGCGUGAAGGGCUUGUUGAUACAGCGGUUAAAACUGCAGACACUGGAUACAUGUCUCGUAGAUUAAUGAAAUGUCUGGAGGAUUUGUUCUUACAGUAUGAUUACACUGUAAGAAAUGCUGCUGGUGGUAUUGUUCAAUUUUGUUAUGGAGAUGAUGGCAUGGAUCCAGCUGGCAUGGAAGGAAAAGAUGGAAAACCACUAAAUUUUGACCGGCUGUUUUUGAGAAGCCAGGCCAUAUGUCCAAGUGAUGAAGACGAUGAUAUCUUGUCUCCCUCAGAUGUGCAUGAAGUAGUUCAAAGGAAGCUUUCAGAAGUUGGUAUGUGCAAGUUAGUCAAGCAAGAGGCUUCAGCGGAUGAUUCCUCUGCCGGCUUCGUAAAUUCUCUUCAAUCCUUUGUCAAAGGGAAAAUAGAAUCAACAGAACCUUCCACCAAAGAGGAUUCUGAAAAGCUGAAAAAGUUUAUUCAGAGGAUUUCUGGGAUUACUCGCAGACAACUAGAGGUUUUUCUCGAUAUUUGUUUAUCUCGUUACCAUUCAAAAAAAAUUGAGGCUGGAACUCCCAUCGGAGCAAUUGGAGCUCAUAGUAUUGGAGAGCCUGGAACCCAGAUGACUUUGAAAACUUUUCACUUUGCUGGGGUUGCAAGCAUGAAUGUGACCCUUGGAGUUCCUCGCAUCAAAGAAAUUAUAAAUGGAUCCAAAAAGAUCAGCACACCAAUCAUCACUGCAAUACUUGAGACAGAUAAUAAUCCAAAUACCGCAAGGAUAGUAAAAGGUCGCAUAGAAAAAACCAACUUAGGCCAGGUCGCAAAGAGUAUAAAAGUUGUUAUAACUUCAAGAUCAGCAUCAAUUGUCAUCUCGCUUGACAUGGAAAGAAUUCGAGAUGCACAUCUGCAUGUAGAUGCCAAUAUUGUAAAAGAGUCGAUUUUGCAUACUCCAAAACUAAAAUUGAAGCAAGACAAUGUUAAGAUCUUAGAUAUCAAAAAGCUCAGGAUUGUUCCCCCAGAUGGUGAUAGAAGUAAAAUCCAAUUUCAACUUAACCAUCUUAAAAAUUUGCUUCCUUCAGUUGUUGUGAAGGGAAUUAAAACUGCUGAACGUGUUGUUAUCAGUAAAGAAGAAGAUAAAGAGGCAAAAACUGAAAAGUUCAAAUUACUGGUGGAAGGCACGGGUCUUCUAGAUGUUAUGGGAAUUGAAGGGGUUGAUGGACUUAAUACUCUUAGUAAUCAUAUAGAUGAAGUGAGUGAGUCUCUGGGAAUUGAAGCUGCUAGAAGGACUAUCAUUGAGGAGAUAAAAGUAGUUAUGGGAAGUCACGGUAUGAGUAUAGACAUACGCCAUAUGAUGCUUCUAGCAGAUGUGAUGACUGUUAUGGGCAGAGUCCUUGGAAUAACCAGAUUCGGAAUUCAAAAGAUGGGCAAAAGUGUAUUGAUGCUUGCGUCUUUUGAGAGGACAUCGGAUCAUCUUUUCAAUGCAGCGGUACAUGGGACAGAGGACCUGAUUGAAGGAGUGAGUGAACGUGUAAUCAUGGGUAUACCGAUCCAGAUAGGCACCGGAAUGAUCAAGGUCAAACAAAGGUUGAGUCCUCCAGAGUUGCUUCAAGGAACUCCUCCUAUUCUAUCUUAUGUUUGAAGUUGUCUAUGUUUUUGCGGCAAGAGUGGAUUAUGCAUGAUAUAGAGUGCAAUUGAAGGGUUUGCGUUGACUGUUAAGAUUAGCUAGCUUUUCACCAAGUUGAAUAUUGUGAGCUGCUUACAAUUGACACUGCAAAAGGGCUGAUUGGUAAGGAGGGGUGAGGUUGAUGGUAAAAUGAUCACACUACUAUGUUGUAAAUGAAAAGGAAAGAAACAAAAAGUGAAAAAGGGGGACGGUAGAGUUUAAUUUUGCACCUCAUUGUACAGAUUUUAUUUUCUUUUAUUUUUGAUGUUUUGUCCAUAGAGUAGUUUAGUUGCCACUAGUCUAAUGCUUUUGUUCCUGUGGAUAUAGUCAUUGAGAAAAGUUAGAUAAACAAUUUUUUUAUGAAUCAA